UUUGACUCCAUUUGCCUGCAAUUUUUCCUCCUCCUCUUCUUCUUCUUUCGACAACCGAUCGAGUGCGAUUGUUUAUAUAAAUAUAGAGAUUAGAGAAUGAGAGCUUACUCUAAAGCAACAAUGGCGGUCUCUUUGAACUUGUUUUCGUUACUUUCGACAAUGGCGGUUCUUCUAGCUCUGCUUGCAAGCACAAAUGCCUCUGCAGAGAGUGGCAAGAAUGUUAAUUCAAGGUUUGUGGGACCAAAGGAGUCAAUCAGCUCCAAGAACUCAUCAAUAGCAGAAAGGUUUGAAGAAGCUUUGAAUGAGCACGCAGUAGAUAAUCCAGAUGAAAUUGCCUCUAUGGUUGACAUGAGCAUUCGUAAUAGCACAGAGAGAAGAAAUUUGGGAUUCUUUUCGUGUGCGACGGGGAAUCCAAUUGAUGAUUGUUGGAGGUGUGACCCACAUUGGCAGCUCCACCGCAAGCGCUUAGCCAACUGCGGCAUAGGGUUCGGGCGCAACGCCGUGGGCGGACGCGACGGGAAAUACUACGUGGUGAACAACCCCGGCAACGACGAUCCCGUCAACCCUAGAGCCGGAACACUCCGCCACGCUGUCAUUCAGGAUAGGCCGUUGUGGAUUGUGUUCAAGCGUGACAUGGUGAUCACACUAAAGCAAGAGCUAAUUAUGAACAGCUUCAAGACAAUUGAUGCACGUGGAGUCAAUGUGCACAUAGCAUAUGGGGCAUGCAUUACGAUUCAAUAUGUUACUAACGUCAUCAUCCAUGGGCUGCAUAUCCAUGACUGCAAACCCACCGGAAAUGCCAUGGUCCGGAGCUCGCCGAACCAUUACGGGUGGAGAACGAUGGCGGACGGGGACGCGAUUUCCAUUUUUGGAUCCAGCCACAUUUGGAUCGACCAUAAUUCUUUUUCCAAAUGUGCUGAUGGGCUUGUUGAUGCUAUCAUGGGCUCUACUGCACUUACCAUUUCCAACAACUACUUCACCCACCAUAAUGAGGUUAUGCUACUGGGCCACAGUGACUCCUAUGUAAGGGACAAGCUUAUGCAAGUGACAAUUGCCUACAAUCAUUUUGGUGAGGGACUUAUUCAGAGGAUGCCAAGGUGUAGGCACGGGUAUUUCCAUGUGGUGAACAAUGACUACACACAUUGGGAGAUGUAUGCCAUUGGUGGAAGUGCUGAACCCACAAUUAACAGCCAGGGCAACAGAUAUCUGGCCCCUAACAAUGGUUUUGCUAAGGAGGUGACACAUAGAGUUAACCCAAAUGACUGGAAGCACUGGAACUGGAGAUCAGAAGGAGACCUGCUCCUAAAUGGAGCCUAUUUCAUUGCAUCAGGAACUGGUUCCGGAGCAAGCUAUGCCAGGGCCUCUAGCUUGGGGGCCAAGUCAUCUUCCAUGGUUGGCUCCAUCACAGCCAGCGCCGGCGUCCUCAACUGCCGGAGGGGUUUCCAAUGUUAAUUAUAUUUCAAUCCCAUAAAAAAAGAAAAAGAAACAAGAACAGAAGGAAGAAAGAAAUUAUUACCCAUUCUUUCUUUCCUUUGAUUAUUGGUGAGUUUGCAGCCCUUAUAUUUACAUCCCUUUCCCACUAUUUGCCUCAAUCAAAUAUUUGAGAUGAAGCACUGGUGAACUUCUGCCAGUUCCUAGACCAGGCGAAGGCGCCGCUCCACGUCCAGAAUACUGGACGUGAUCUCUCCCAAAAAGUGUACAUUUUUUCUAGUCACAUUUCUACCUGUUACAUUUUUGUAUGUUUGUAAUUUUGUAUUUUCUUUGGUCCAUAUAAUAUUGUAAUUGCACUUUAGGCAAUGAAAUAUUUGAUGACAA